AUCGAUAUAUAUUCAACAACACGACUAGAAGAAAAAAAUUAAAAUAUUUAUCCGUAUUAAAUAAUUAUAACUGGUGCCUUAAGCACGACCUCAAAGGUAUCACCUGCUGUGCUGCCAGUCUACUAAGCAGUCCGGCGAGCAGCAGCAACAGAAAGAAGAAGUGCAUAAAUAAGUGCAUCUGCAUUAUGGACGCCGACAGCAGUGUAGCGUCCCACCGAGAUUCUCAUCGAUCGAGGACCCGAAGAGACGUACAUGUACGAGACCAGGGACGAGAACGCGAGCGCGUGCGCGAGCAGAAGACGGUACCCUACUUUGCGGAUCCUGUGCGUGAGCGGGAUCGCGUGAAGAAUGUGCGUCCGAAAUCUCCACCUUCGACUGGCAAACGGUGCCGACGAACCAGGUCGAGAUCGAGAUCCUCUGACAGAAGACUCUAUCGCCGUCGCACCCGUAGUCGAAGUAGCGAGCGUCGACACCGAAACCGGAGUCCGCGUCGACGCACGCCACCGCCGAGGAUAAUAACAGUUCCUGUGCCCGUGCCAGCACAUGAGUUCGCAUAUAGAUACGGCUGGCCGGCACCCCAUCCAGCGCAUCAGUUUAAUGGAAUAUAUGGUCCACUGGCAUAUCCACCGCGUCCACGAUUUGGGUACCGACCAAUGCGACCUUCGUUUCAGGCAGCCCCUUAUUCUAGGCCUUAUGCACACCAUGAAUAUCGCCAUCGUCAUCCAUUCAAUCCACAAUUUCGUUUUAGUUAUAGAAACUCAUGGCAGCAUCCGAAUUAAAGACACAUUUCGACAUAAUUACAAGUUUA